UCAAAAUGACACACCAUUUACUAGUUGAAUUUGCCAUACCUAAAUAAUAUCCAUCAAUCACAAAUAAAUGAUAAAACGUAUAGUAGUUAACAUAAUGCAACACUUUGCCCCAGCUUUUCUUGUCGUUUGUGUGUUUUUGUGCCUUUCUUUUAGUUGCACGUUUCCUCUUCAUAGAGCUCACCCGAAUGACUUAACGGAACUAUUGAAUCGUUCUCGAAAAUGUGUUGGUGCCGGUCGAGCUAAGAAAAUGACAUCCGACAAACAACUUAUCGGAUCACAGGAAUUUUCAGAGUCUGAUAACGAGGCCAAACGCAUACUAAGCGGUGACGACCUCCGCCAAUAUGAGCAACUGGUAAUUAUGAAAAAAUACCCAUACUUGGACCUGAAAGAGUUCGAAAUUCAAUUCGGCCCCUCAGUUAAGAACGCCAAGUACCGUGAUGCUGGGAUAGCUGAAGCUAGUGAAUGCAAGCUGACUGACGAUGGGCCCCGCGUCGAGAUAUAUAAUAGAGGCAUAUCUGGUUUUGCUAUACCGGAGAAACCUACUAAUAUGGCCGUGAAGGGCGUGGAGCCAUCACAAGAAGGGGAACGUGUUAUAAACAAAAAUUUGAAUUUCAGGGAAAACUCGCGAGUUUGGAAGAAUCUCAAAGACUUUGAAAGAAAUGAUAUAGAUUAAUUAUUUUCCGUGAUUGAAUUAAAUGACUGUAUUCAAUGAAUUCAUCAACUAAGAUUCAAAA